AUAUCAUUCCUAGUCUUUGUUUUACAAUUACAUACAUUAUUAUUAUUAUUAUUAGUUGAGUAAACCCACUUAAUUCUCCGGUGACUCUCCUCGGAUCUGGUCGGAGAGUUUUACCGGAAAACCAGGUCUUACGUAAUGAUAUCUUUUGGGCUUAUAAAAACCCGAAAUGGGUCUGUCUCUAUAUUUUUAUAUGUAUAUUCUAAACACAUUUUAAGUACUGUGAAGAGCAAGUUAUGAGAAUCUUAGAGAUGGGUGAUUAGUGCUUCGAUUACGUAAGAAGAGUCAGCUUGUCUUGUGCUGAGAGCAAGAGCAAGAGCAAGAGAAGAUAAAGAUUUUUGUUAACAUUAUUGGUCAUUGAUUUGAUCUGUUUAGAUUAAAUUGAAUUUAUUUUUUUUAGCAUUGUCAUCUUCUACUACUACCCAUUUAGCUUAAGGUUGCCUCUACCCAAACUUUUUGGUUCUUUCUGUGUUUGUCUGGUUCUUCAAGGGAAACUCUUUUUAAAGCAGUGAUUGGUGGAGUUCAGCCCUUUUUGGUUGGUGGGUUUUGAAAAUAAAAUGUGCAGAGUAGGAGAGUCCAAUAAGGACUGUAAUUACAAGGAAGAGAAGAAGAAGAAGAUGGGUCUCAAAUUUUUGCUUAAGCUUGAGAAUUCAAAGAUUUUGAUGGGUUCAAAAACCAGGAUGAGAUUGUGGAUGAUAAGGGCUUUUACGACUGUUUUUCUCUGGGCUUGUGUUGUUCAGUUAAUGAUGUUUGGGGAGCUAUGGGGACCAAAACUGUUGAAAGAUUGGCCUUCUUGUUUUACUACUUAUCAGGAUUUGCCUUUGGCUAAUACUUAUUUGUCUUCUAUUCCACCCAAAACUGUUUACCCACCAAAGAGGAUUUACAGGAACAAUGGUUAUCUCAUGGUCUCCUGCAAUGGAGGACUCAACCAAAUGAGGGCAGCGAUAUGUGAUAUGGUUGCUAUUGCCAGAUACCUGAAUGUCACUCUAAUUGUUCCAGAACUAGACAAAGCCUCCUUUUGGGCAGACCCAAGUGAGUUUAAAGAUAUCUUUGAUGUUGACCAUUUCAUCUCUUCCUUAAGAGAUGAAGUAAGAAUAUUGAAAGAAUUGCCGCCAAGGGUCAAGAGAAGAGUUGAAUUGAAAAUGUUUUACUCUUUGCCACCAGUUAGUUGGUCCAACUAUUCCUACUAUGUUCACCAGAUUCUUCCUCUGGUGAAAAAGUACAAAGUUGUUCAUCUGAACAAAACAGAUUCUAGGCUUGCAAAUAAUGGCUUGCCUACUCAACUUCAGAAGCUAAGAUGCCGAGUGAAUUUCAAUGCUCUGAGGUUCACUUCUCAGAUAGAAGAUUUGGGCAGAAGGGUCGUUAGGAUAUUGAGAGAAAAGGGUCCUUUUCUAGUUCUUCAUCUCAGGUAUGAAAUGGACAUGUUGUCUUUCUCUGGCUGCGCGCAUGGUUGCCGCCCCGAGGAGAUGGAAGAGCUCACAAGAAUGAGAUAUAAUAAUCCAUUGUGGAAGGAAAAAGCUAUAAAUUCAGAGUUAAAGAGGAAAGAAGGGCUGUGUCCAUUAACACCAGAAGAGACAGCACUAGUGUUGAAAGCUAUUGGUAUUGAUCGUAAUGUUCAAAUUUAUAUUGCUGCUGGAGAAAUUUAUGGUGGAGAAAGAAGGAUGGCAAGUUUGAAGGCUGCUUUUCCUAACUUGGUAAGAAAAGAGACUCUGCUGGAGCCCUCUGAUUUGAGGUUUUUCCAGAACCAUUCUUCACAAAUGGCAGCACUAGAUUAUUUGGUCUCCCUGGAAAGUGACAUAUUUGUGCCCACUUAUGAUGGAAACAUGGCUAAAGUUGUUGAAGGCCAUCGCAGAUUCUUAGGUUUCAAAAGGACUAUUUUAUUGGACAGAAAGCUUGUGAUUGGUUUAAUAGAUCAGUACAAAAGUGGCUCAUUGAAUUGGGAUGACUUCUCUUUGAUUGUUAAGAAAGCUCAUACUGAUAGAAUGGGGAAUCCAAGUAAAAGAGUAGCUAUACCAGAUAGGCCUAAAGAAGAAGGUUACUUCUACUCAAAUCCACAUGAGUGUUUGCAAUUGAUAGAUGAUGAUACAUUAUUAUUGAAAAGCUCAUGAUUCUUUCUAUGGUUGGUUUCUCCUGAUUAAUUAUAUGGUCAUUUACAAAUGAUCAAGAAGACUAUUCUUUCAGUCAACUCAACUCAUUCAAUGACAGGAAGAAUAAAACUCAGUACAGCAAAAUAUGUAGAAAGUAACUUGUAAAUGAAACCUUUCAUAGCAUUUAAUUUAUUAAAAGCAAAAGCAAAAAGAGAAAACUCUGGAGUGAAAAUGAAGCCUGCUAUUUCAGGGUCAUUUGCAGAGCCAGCUAGUGAAAGGUUUGGGUUCUCUUGCUGUACUAAUUCAAUUCAACUCUUCAUUGGAUUGAUUGUAAAGUAAUUUUUUUAUGCCAACAAUAAAGAAGAUUAUGCCAGCUCUUAAAGUUAAAGA